AUGCAGCAGCCACAGUACCGCCCCUUCCCCAGCCAGGCGCCGCAGCGAUCUCCUGCACCCGCUGGCCAGUCGAGGAGAGGAAUCGCUCCCAUGGUAGCAGGCCCACACCAGCACCAGUUGACGCCGCAGCAGAUGGAGGUCCAGAAGCAGAUGCAGCAGCAGGCGCUCGAUCGCGCAAAGCUGAGAGCGAAGAAGCCGAUCGAUAGGAACCUCCCCGAGGGCGUCGAGGACUGCGUUAUUGGGGAUGGGGUGCAGCGGUACCGAGAGUUACGGGAUCUGGAGAGGAGGCUGGAUGCGACAAUGACGAGGAAGAGGUUGGACAUCCGGGAUGAGGUGGAUCGGAACGUCAAGCGGUACAAGACGAUGCGUUUGUUCAUCAGUAAUACGGUGGAGGACCAGCCGUGGCAGACAGAUACGCUUGAUGUGGAUGCGUUCGAUUUCAGCACGAACAUACAGUCGUCCUACCGGGUCAAGAUCGAGGGAAGAUUACUGGACGAGCCGGAUGAUGGUCUGGAAAGCGACGACAGCGACGAUGAGGACGAGGCUACGGACGGCGAUGCUAUGAAUGAGGAUGGGAAGGAAGAGACGAGAGCAGCCAAACCAGCACCAAAGCAACCGAAGUUCUCGCACUUUUUCAAGGCCAUGACCGUCGAUUUUGGCUCGAGUAAGUCCAAAGACGGCACGGAACAGAGCGUUGAGUGGAAAAAGCCUGUGACUGCGCCGAAUUCUGCCAAUCUCCCCAAUGCAGCCGACUUCGAUCAACUGGAGUUCAAGCGCGGAGGGGACGAGAAUACCAAUGUUGUCAUCAACCUGACGAGAGACGAGCACCCGGAGAGAUUCCAAUUGAGUCCUCUGCUGGCCGAGGUCCUGGACGUCAAAGUUGCUACGCGUGAUGAGGCUUUGAUGGGUCUUUGGGAGUACAUCACUGCGAAGGGAUUGCAAGAAGAGGACGAGAAGAGAUCUUUCGAGUGCGACGAUCUUCUCAAACAGCUUACCAACCGGGAUAAAGGCUACAUCCCCUACCUGCCCGACCUCCUCAUCCAGCACAUGCAUCCUCUCGAGCCCAUUAAGCUUCCCUAUACCAUCCGCGUCGACAAGGAAUUCCACGAGAACCCCACCCCGACCAUCUACGACGUCCAAGUGCUGGUCGAAGAUCCUCUCAAGUCCGCCUACGAGAACUACCUCAAGAACCCCGAGUACGCGAGCAGCCUCCGUGAAAUCGUAGCCCAUGAUGCCCAUCUCGCAAUCCUGGUGCAGAGUAUUAUGAACUCGAAGAGCAAACACCAGUUCCUCGAUGCGCUGUCCAAGAACCCGACGGAAUUUAUUGCGAAGUGGCUUAGUAGCCAGAAGAGGGACCUGGAGGUGCUGGCUGGCGAGGCUCCGCGAGGUGGAGGCGAGGACGCGAGUGGCGACGAGUGGAGAAAAGGGGGCUCAGAGGGCAUCUGGGGGAGUGAGAUUGUGAAGCAGAGCCUGGCUUUUGUUUAUUUCACCGUUUAUAGCAUCCAUAGCUUCUAUAGCUUCUACGGCUUCCACGGCUUCUACGGCUUCUACGGCUUCUACGGCUUCUACGGCGGCUAUAGCAUCUACGGCGGCUAUUGCAUCUACGGCGGCUAUUGCAUCUACGGCAUCUACGGCUUCCACGGCUUCUACGGCUUCUACGUCAUCUACGGCAUCUACAGCAUCUACAUAAAACGUCUGGAGAUAGGUACUCUACAGGCAGAAAAACAUGGCUCGGGUACGCACGUAACUUUUACCUUACGAUUUCCCUCAAUUGAUGCUACCCACUUCGAACCUGAUUUUACCAGCCUUACUUUGAAAUGA